AAAUUGAGAAGUUCUGUCAAGGAAGUUGAUGAGAGAAGUGGAAGAGAGAGACCGAAAGGAAAUUCACCCUGAGCUUCAAGUCCUUGCCGGGUGCUGGCAUCUGUCACCUCCAAGGACAGGAGAGGGGACCACACCAUGUGGCAGUUCUCUGCUCUGCUCUUCUUCCUCCUCCCAGGCUGCUCCACUGCUCAGGAUCCAGUCACAGGUCCAGAGGAGGUGAGCAGUCAGGAGCAGGGCUCCCUGAUAGUGCAGUGCCAAUAUGCCUCACACUGGAAGGAUUACAGGAAGUACUGGUGCCGAGGAGCUGAGUGGAGUUCCUGUAAGAUUCUUGUUGAAACCGAUGCAUCAGAGUGCUUGGUGAAGGAGAACCGUGUGUCUAUCAGGGACGACCAGAGAAACUUCAUCUUCACAGUGACCAUGGAGGACCUGAGGAUGAGCGAUGCUGGCAUUUACUGGUGUGGAAUUGUGAAAUCUGGAUAUGAUCCCAUGUUUAAAGUUCGUGUGGGCAUUGAGCCAGGCUGCUCCACUGCUCAGGAUUUACUCACAGGACCAAAGGAGGUGAGCAGUCAGGAGCAGGGCUCCCUGACAGUGCGGUGCCAAUAUGGCUCAUGGUGGAAGGAUUACAGGAAGUACUGGUGCCGAGGAGCUGAGUGGAGUUCCUGUAAGAUUCUCGUUGAAACCGAUGCAUCAGAGUGCUUGGUGAAGAAGAACCGUGUGUCCAUGAGGGACAACCAGACAAACUUCAUUUUCACAGUGACUAUGGAGGACCUGAGGAUGAGCGAUGCUGGCAUUUACUGGUGUGGAAUUACGAAAGCUGGAUAUGAUCCCAUGUUUAAAGUUCAUGUGAGCAUUGACCCAGCCUGUUUUCUUACAGAAGCCAGGACCACCUGUCCAGGAAUGGCAUCACACCCUUCCAUCAAUUCACAAUCAAGAAUUGUUCCUUGCUUAUGUGCCCACCAUGUCAACCUGAUAGAAGAAAGUGCUCAAUAAGGGUUCUUUCUUCCAGAGUUCUCUAGUUGGUUACAAGUUGACAAACCUUACAGGUGUACUAUAACCUAUGAAAUCACUGACAGCCUGUAUGUCUGUUUAAUAUUUUUUUGUCUCUCUUUUUUAAAUUUUUUGUUUGUUUUGGAGGGUUUUUGUUGUUGUUAUUGUUGUUGUUUAUUUUGCUUUAUUUUUUUCAAUAUAGGGUAUCUUUGUGUAUUCUUGGCCAUCUUGGAACUUACUUUGAGAUCAGGUUGGCCUCAAACCCACAGAGAUCCACCUGCCUCUGCCUCCCCCAGCAUUGGGAUUAAAGGCCUGUACUAGCAAUGCCAGCACUCCUUCCUCGAUCCAGAGACCAUGUGUCAGCUCUUUUUAAUAAUUAGUCUGAUUAAUAACAAAACAAAGGCCACUUAAGGAGGAACAGGUUUAUUUUGGUUCAUGGUUUAAAGGGAUUCAGUCCACUGUGGUAGAAAGGUGGGGUGGUGGGCUGUGAGGUGUCUGCUCACAUUGCAUCCACAGUAGAAAGCAGAGAGGGAUAAGGGAUGGUGUUCCUUCCUCCCUUCCUUCUGUUUAUCCAGUCUGCCAUUCAGCCCAGAGUAGGCAUCUACUCUCUGUACUCCCUCCUCUCCCUAAGAGGGACCUACCUCCAUCCUGAUCCUUAGAAAGGCUCUUAUCACAACAGAAGGCCCUUAAGAGACACAAGGAGGUGUCCCAUGUCCAGAAAAGCCCUAAUAGGCACCUCCCAGAUGCAUCUGUCCCCGUGGAGAUGCAGUGAUCAGCACUGGAUGUGUCUACAAACUGCCUCUUCUGGUAGCUGAACGUUGUUUCUCUUUUUGGCUUUCUUGCUUCUCAGGGCAGACCUUGGCAAGAGUCAUGAAAAGACGGUUGUCUUCUGAAUUUCCUCUUUUCUCCAUAGCAUCUGCAUGUGUUUCUGUGGCUCUGUUUGUUUCUGUGCCCUUACAGGUGUGGGUGAGUGUGAAUCGGCCCCAGGCCUGGGGAGAGCUCUUGUCAUCCACUUCCUACCCCUCUUUCUCACUCUUGCAGUAAUGACUAGCUUAGAUGUGCAGGCAAAGUCAGCUCUUGGGAGUGCACAGAACAGGGAGACAGCCUGGAACCCCGACUUUGUGGAAUAUGUACCUCAGCAGACUUUUGCUAGACACAGAAAUAAGUUUCUAAUUUUUCCAGUCUGUGAAGCAUGCUUUGAAAUGUAUAGUUUCAUUUACCAUGGCUAUCGUGAACAAGGCACUAAGAACACACAAAAUGUGAGCCCUGCUUUUAAGAGAAUCGUGGAUUAGUUGAUACACACACACACACACACACACACACACACACACACACACACACUGCUUCCAUCUUUGUUCUGCUGAUCACUCUGGGAGGAGGGGAACAGUUGCACCAAGCUCCUUCUCAGAGCAUCAGGAUAAACACCUACUUCACCCAGUUCCCAAUCCUGAAUUCCUGUGUCUCCUCCAAGGCAACCUUAAUCUCAGCCUGGAGAUGGACAGCUCUCAAGCUUGGUUUAUGCCUCAUCAUAUUCCAAACUGUGCGGCAGCUGGCAGUCAGCAAGCCAGGGUCAUUUUACACUGUUAGCCUGGGCUUGACCCUCAUGGCCUCCUUCUUUGUCUUCUUUCCUCCCAGACAUUCUGUCCUCGUUAACACUCUCCUUCUCAAACUGAAGCAUGCAGACGAGCUCUUGUCCACAAAUGUGAUUAUUUGCUACUUUCUCAAAGUUAACUUCCAUGGUUCUGUUGUUAUACAAAAGAUUUCUCCUCGGAUCUGUACUUUCCACUCAAUAUUAAUCAAAGACACUUCAUGGGAAAAUGAUGCGGUGGCGAUGAAGAAAGGGUUCUAGGGAGGAGAUAAUUCUGUGUGUAUGCAAAUGUGUGUAUAUAUGUGAGUGUUUGUGUGUGGGAGUGUGUGAGAGUAUGUGGGAGUGUGUGUGUGUAAGUAUGUGAAUAUGUGUGUGAGUAUGUAUGAGUGUAUAUAUGUGUGGGUGUGUAUGUGUGGGUGUGUAUAUGUGUGUGAGUGUGGGUAUGUGUAUGUGAGUGUGUGUGAGUGUGUUUAUGUGUGUGUGAUUGUGUAUAUGUGUGAGUGUCAGGGUAUGUGUAUGUGUGAGUGUGUGUACAUGUAUUUGUAUGUGUAUGUGUGUGCACAUGUGUGAGUGUGUGAGCACAUGCUUAUGUGUGAGUGUGUGAGUCUAUGUGAGUGUGUGUGUGUGUUUCAAUGCAUGUGAGUGUGUGUGAGAGAGAAUGUAUGUGGGUGUGUGUAUGUGUGUGAGUGUGGGUAUGUGUAUGUGUGGGUGUGUGUGAGUGUGUUUAUGUGUGUGUGAUUGUGUAUAUGUGUGUGUGUCAGGGUAGGUGUAUGUGUAUGUGUGUACAUGUAUUUAUAUGUGUAUGUGCAUGCACAUGUGUGAGUGUGUGAGCACAUGCUUAUGUGUGAGUGUGUGAGUGUGCAUGAGUGUGUGUGUAUAUGUUUGAGUGUGUGUGUGUGUGUGAGUGUGAGCGAUUGUGUGAGUGUUCAUAUGGUUGUGGAGAACAUAUACACGUGGGGAUGUACAUGCAUGUGGCAGUGAGCACCCGAGCACAUUUUCAUAUAUCUAUAGCACUUGAUCAAGCCUUAGAAAUCAACCUGCCAUACAGAGAGACUGUAUGGAAUAUUUAAAUAAUUCAAUUUAAAACUAACAAAAAUCAAAUACAUGUGACAAAGAAAAAUCCAUGUUAUUUCUUUGGAAAGAUGUCAGGUAGUAUAAGAAAUAAGAGAAAUGUCUAUGAUGUCAGUGACUGGAACUGAAUUAACUCUGACAGUGUUCCAACAACCACACAUAGAAUCUGCCCCCCCCCCUUCACCCACUGUCCCUCCUACUCCUGUGGGCCAAAGCUCCAGGAUCUGUCUAGGAACCAGUUAGAUGGGCUGCUGCUUGCCGCCCAAAGCAAGAAGCCUAAGCAAUUUUCAUCAACACACCUGAGUUCAGUCUAACCUUCCUGCUGUUAGUUGAGUCCCCAAAGGUCAUGCUCAGGUCCACCAGAUCCCCAGAGCUGUGCUUUGCUGCAGAGAAUGAUGCUAUUUCCACACACAGGCUCCCCACCUUCAUGAUUAUGGGGGUUUAUGUGACACAUGCCCCCCUGCCUCUCCUGCUGAGACUGUUAGCGCCAUCAUGUGACUUCCUGCCACCUACAGUGGACAGGAGACAUCUUAACCCGGGGCAAGGGGUUGGGGGUAUGCUGACUCAUUUUCCCUAGAGAGCAAAAAGCAAACUUCUGUGGUUGUGGCAGUCUGGAGUUGAGGUUUUCCUAUGCCAGCAACUGUUCUUAAAAGCUAUGAGUCCGAGCCUGUGUCUGCAGGAAGUUAGGGAUGGGGGUGCAGGUGCAUUUCUGGGACAUCAGCACCUGUGCCUCCCCUCCUUCCUUUCUUCUGCCUUUGAAGAGCGGGAUAUGGAGCAACUCAUGGUCCAGUCCUACCCCCUAUCAAGAGAGAGAGGCUCCUAGAGCCAGGGCCACCCCUGGAGCCCACCCUCCCAGAACUCACUUGAAGCAAGCUGGUCUACACUGGCUUAUAGCUACACAGAAAAGGCAAGGCUGCCCAAGGCACAUAUAUCAUUACAAUUGUAACCUUCCAGGAUCAAGGGGAGUCAUUGGCAUGUGUGUGCACUACCAUAGACAUGCAAACAUUCCUCACAUGUGCUAAUGAAACACACAUGUGUAUGUACCACCCACAGUCUACAUAUAACACAGGCUUGUGUUGCAUAGUACACACACAACACAUGAUACAUACUACAUACCUCAAAUGUAUGUAUACAUACCUCAUGCACUUAUGCAUAGGACAUGUGCCACACAAGCUACAGACAUGAUGCAUAUAAACUGUAUACAUUAGAUGUAACUAUAAUCUCAACAGUUUACAUACCUAUACAUACCACAUGCAUACAUCGUCAUUUGAGUCAGGAUGCACUCAUAGGGGUGAUUGUGGCAGUACUGGCUGUAACAGUACAAUACAAAUUUUGUAUCUUGGUCUCACACUCACACACACACACAGGUACACACCUCACUGAACAACACACAUGCAAGAAAAUACACACAAUCACAUAUAUGGCACUUAGUCACUGUGCCCCAGUUCCCCUGUUUCUAUGGACACAUCUCUCCUGUGCCCUCACUCACAUAUCCCUCAGGCUCAAGUCCUGGGUUUGACAAAGGCAUGUCCCUGCUCAGCCUCCUAUAACACAGAGAUCUCUUUAGUUCCUGACACCAGGGAGUAUCUUCAAGCCUGGCCCUCCUCUGAGGCUAGAACUGGGGACUCCUGGCCUGCAGGGUCCUUCCUUCUGCUCUGUCAUGCAAGGCUCCAUGGGGGAAUUCCUGAGCACAUAGUGUCAGUAUGAAGAGGAACACACAACAUGACCAAUUCUGCUGAGUUUGCCAUCUUGCUUAGUCCCUGGGGGAUUAGCAUGUGCCAAGGUGGGAAGAGGACCUUGGCCAAGCAUCUCUCAGGAUUGUCCCAUGAACCUCCCAUUCACAGGAAACUCAGGCAUGUUUCUCUUCCAAUGAUACAGGCACAAAUGCUAUGGGAUUCAUUCAAAUGGACUUGGAAGGGACCACAAGGUCCUGCAUACAAUCCUACCUUCCCAAUUCUCCUUACUUUCCCAUCAUGUGUCCGUGAUCUCAGCAGACACAGAACUGUCAAAACAUGGGACUGUCCUUCACAGCCCUGGGCAAAGACAUGAAAUAAACCAGCCUAGUGAGAAUACAGGGUCAGUACGUGGCAAUGACCAGUGUGUGUUGUGCAGUGUGUGUCAGAAUGUGAAAGUGUGUGCAAAUGAACAGAGACAACUCUGUCCUUCAGGGGCUGUGUGUCCUACCCUGACAGUGCCAGGACCACACAUUCCCAGCAAAGGGGUGGGAAGAAUCAAGGCCUGAGCUCUUUAUACCUCAGUGUCCUGAUAAAGGUCAUGUCCUAUCUGAAGGGACCUGUGUCUCCCUGGGACCUCUUGCCAUCCUCUUUGAGAGAAGAGGACACAGAACAUCUGCUUCCUUCUGUGAAAAACAUCACAGGCUUGGGCUUGAGUGUACACCUUCUUGCCAUGAAGGUUUGGGGGAUUUUUGUUGUUAUCCUUUCUUUCUGUUGUUUUAUUUUGUUGCAUCUUUGUGAGUUUGAGGGGACAAGGAGAAUCCUCCUGGAGGCACACAUAUGCCAUGAGACAUGCACAUGCCAUGGAAACACAGAGGGAAACCUCUCAUGCCCCUACUCACCUCUCACCUUAUUUGAAACUGGGCCUCUCUUGUUCUCUAGCGCAGAUAUCAAGCUAAAUGUCUCAGGAGCUUCCCUGACUUCCCCAUGUCUGCAUCCUCUCUCACCUAAGAGUGCAGAGAUUACAAAUGCAUGCGGCAGCAUUCAGCUUUCUGUGACUUCUGGGGAUCUGAACUCAAGUCAUCACUUUGCACUGCAAGCACCUCACCUUACCUACUGAGUCAUCUCCCAUGCCCAUGGAACUCCCUGGGAUACCAACUCCCUGCAGGGGUCUUGGGGCUAUAGAUGGCAUAGUGGUCAGAGGAAGUAGCCCAGCUGCUAUAGGACUUUCUGUUACAGCACUGUGUUUAUAAAUCUCUUUAUGACUCAAUAUAACUUUUAAUGCAGUUCCUUGUCUGCCCAAAAUUUAUCUUACCAGGACAGCUCCGGGCAGAGUGACCUAAGAUGAACAUGAGGUACAAUUUGGACCACAGUUACCAACCAUCACCAAUACUUAUGAGUCCCUUGUCCUCACUGAAGCGUUUGUAUAAAGGGACUGUGACAUUGUGUUGUGUCAGGCACAUUGAUGUGGCACCUUCAGAAGGUUCUGUGACACUAUCUGGAAUGUGACUCUCCAUUCCGAUGUCCCUGGACCAGAGGGUACAGACUGAUGUCUUGGCUGAGUUUGUUAUGAGUCAUGUGCUGUGCUGAGUCAAGUCCUGUUCUGAGGAAAUCCCAGAGGUCAUCUGUAAGACAAACCUGUGUCUAAACCUCACAUUCUCUGAUCUCCAUUAGCCACUGUUCAGCCAGGAGAUGAAGUGCCCUUGUGCCCCUCAGUUCAGAUCAGUAUUGAGAAUUCCCCCAAAGUCUGGCUGUUCCCUUCCUCAGACAGAGAUACCCUAGGACUGAGGGUGCCUCCUCUAGGGAAGCAUGGAGGAGUUGGGGUUAGUUCUGACUGAUGCCUCUUUCCUUCUGGCCCUGACACACUCUUCCCAGACCCAUGACAUUUUGACCUGGUUCAAAUAUGAAAACAAUUGCAAGUCUAGAACAAUCCAUUUGGUCCUUUUGCUCAGCCUUGUGCUUCCUAAAGAUCUCACCUGCUGGUGCAAAGGGAGCCUUCAACCCAAUGACCAUCUGCUUUGAGCCUGCAGGGCACCAUGAUGAAUUUGCCAGCAACAAAACCCCUGAAAGUCUCACCAUUUAACAGAUGCCUGCAGGCAUAGGCAUGGUGUUUCUUGCUGGGUGCAGCCCCGGCAUUAGUCUUCUUUCUUGUUGGUUCUUCUUGAGACAGCAGAGAGGGAACAAAAUCAGUGGAGAGUAAGACUUUUCCUAUGAGAUAAGGUAAGACUUUGUCUUACAAGAGAUUUAGGUUUGCUGUAUAAUAAUAAGUUUAUUUAUCGAAGUCUACGUUACUAUGUUGCUAUAUCUGAUUUACUUAUCUAUGGCUGAGUCACUGUGCUCUGCUACUAUAACUGACCUGUCUUCUGUGUUCCUCUGAGGCCAGAAACUGCAGUCUCUGGCACUUAGCACCUCAUUCUAAACCAUCAGGAGAUAAAAUAGAGGAUUAAUUGCUAGAGCCUUUUUCCUUUUGUCCCUAUGCCUCUUGCUUGUCAGGCUAGGGGGAAGUUUGGAGCAAUAAACUUCUAUUGCACCAAGGGAAGUGAAUAGCACUUGCAGAAGGAAAAAGUUUUACAUAGGCAAAAAUGCAUAAACUUAUAUAAGUUCAUAUACCGAUUCAUAAAUGUGCAUUUAUACAUUUCCUCUCUAAUCAGUUGGGACUACUUCACAUGCAUUCUCACAAUUACAUUCUUACACACACACAUGCAUACAGUCUCAAAAUUACAUACUUAAACACAUAUCCAUACUUACAUAUGCACAUGGAGCAAAAGAAGAAGCAAUGCUGCAAAAAGAACUCACUCAUUCUGGAUGAAACAUGAGCGCCAAUCUUUAUUGAAUACAGAAAUAGCUUCUACCUUUUAAAAGCUAAAUGAAUUAAACUCAAGUUUGUAAAGGAAAGGCUUGUUCCUUUUAAUAAGAUUAAGUCUGCCUUGCUGUUAAGAAAUGACCUGUUCUGUCUCAUGGUGAGGAAACACCUGCCAGUUACAUCUGCUCUCUCCAGCUUCUUCUUCUUUCCUCUUUUCCUCCGCAUUCUGCACAUUGCUCUCUCAUGUUACCUAUAGUCUCUAAGUUAUUCCACUUUGCAUUUCUCCUCAGCCCAGAUCCUUUUAGCUCAGUUCUCCUUAGCUCAGUUCAGCUCCGUUCUCCUUCAGUCAGUCCUGACUCUUCAGCUCAGUCCCCUCCAGCUCAGUCCUGACUCUUCAGCUCAGUCCUAACUCUUCUCUUUGUCCUCAGCACGUAAACAUCUUUCAGAAUACAUGAUCACAUGUCACAAAGUUCAUCACAAGUUCCUACAAAAAAUCAAAUCAUAAAUUGAAAUAAAAAUUUACAACAGAGAAUGUUUGCAUGCAUAUCCAUUAAGAGUAAUUAUCUGGUUGACCAUCCAUCACCUGUCUCAGCUUCACAGGUUCACUGAUGGUUUAAAACCACAACUAAGUUAUUAGUGAACUUUUCUAUAGAUAAAUGCAGUCAAUAUUUUUUUAUUUUCUUUUUUUAUUUAUUUUUCCCAUCUUUAUUAAAUUGGGUAUUUCUUAUUUACAUUUCAAAUGUUAUUCCCUUUCCCGGUUUCCAUGACAACAUUCCCUUAACCCCUCCCCCUCCCAUUCUAUAUGGGUGCUCCCCUCCCAAUCCUUCCCCCAUUACUGCCCUCCCCUUCCACUGGUGCCCUUACUAGGCUAUUCAUUGCUACCUAUGCAGUUGGAGUCAGUCCAUGUAUAGCCUUUGGGUGGUGGCUUAGUCCCUGGAAGCUCUGUUUGGUUGGCAUUGUUGUUCAUAUGGGGUCUCAAGCCCCUUCAGCUCUUUCAGUCCUUUCUCUGAUUCCUUCAACGGGGGUCCCAUUCUCAGUUCACUGGUCUGCUGCUGGCAUUCGCCUAUGUAUUUGCCUUAUUCUGGCUGUGUCUCUCAGGAGAGUUCUACAUCCGGUUCCUGUCGGCCUGCACUUCUUUGCUUCAUCCAUCUUAUCUAAUUUGGUGGCUGUAUAUGUAUGGGCCACAUGUGGGGCAGGCUCUGAAUGGGUGUUCCUUCUGCCUCUGUUCUAAACUUUGCCUCCCUAUUCCCUCCCAAGGGUAUUCUUCUUCCCCUUUUAAAGAAGGAGUGAAGCAUCUGCAUUUUGUCAUCCUUCUUGAGUUUCAUGUGUUCUGUGCAUUUAGGGUAAUUCGAGCAUUUGGGCUAAUAGCUACUUAUCAAUGAAUGCAUACCAUGUGUGUUUUUCUGUGAUUGGGUUACCUCACUCAGGAUGAUAUUUUCCAGUUCCAUCCAUUUGCCUAUGAAUUUCAUAGAGGCAUUGUUUUUGAUAGCUGAGUAGUAUUCCAUUGUGUAGAUGUACCACAUUUUCUGUAUCCAUUCCUCUGUUGAAGGGCAUCUGGGUCAUUUCCAGCUUCUGGCUAUUAUAAAUAAGGCUUCUAUGAACAUAGUGGGGAUGUGUCUUUGUUAUAUGUUGGGGCAUCUUUUGGGGAUAUGCCCAAGAGAGGUAUAGCUGGGUCCUCAGGUAGUUCAAUGUCCAAUUUUCUGAAGAACCUCCAGACUGAUUUCCAGAAUGGUUGUACCAGUGUGCAAUCCCUCCAACAAUGGAGAAGUGUUCCUCUUUCUCCACAUCCUCGUCAGAAUCUGUUUUCGCCGGAGUUGCAGUCAAUAUUUUAUCCUUUGCCCUAGCACCUAUGAUAAGUCGUUAGUUCCCUUUUUAUUACCUUUGGUUAAUUGUUUUACAAACUCUUGGAAUGUGCUCUGAGUAGGAGAAAGUCUGUUUACUAUCUAAGAGCGAUUAACUAGUGACACUUGGGAGACUGGCAGAGUUCUCACUGCAGUUUUGACUAUUUGAAAAAGACAUAAUAGGAUUGCAGCCCCACUAUAAAAGAUUUAAUAAUCA